UCCUCUUCCCAGAGCAAAACCCUAGCCUAGCCUAGCCCCAAACCCACACUACCCCGCUCGCUCGCUCGCCCGGUCGCCGCCGCCGCCAUCGUGGGAGACGAUGGCGAAGCCACGCCGCGGCCGCUCCGGCUCGCGGUCGUCCUCCGGCUCCUCCUCCCGCUCCGCGUCCUCCGGCUCCGGCUCGUCCCGCUCGCGCUCGCGCUCCCGCUCCUUGUCGUCGUCGUCCUCCGCCUCCCGGAGCCGCUCCCCUCCCGCUGCCAAGCGCAGUUCACCUGGAGCACGGAAAGGUCGAUCUCCUUCACCCCCUCCUAAAAAGGGUUCACCAUCAAGGAAAGGACGCUCAGCAUCGCCCCCACCUAAAAAAGCUUCACCUCCUAGGAAAGCAUCUCCUGCUCCUGAGUCGGUUGUUCUACAUGUUGAUCAUCUAUCCAGGAAUGUUAAUGAGGCUCAUUUGAAAGAAAUAUUUGGGAGUUUUGGUGAAGUGGUGAAUGUGGAGCUAUCAAUGGACCGAAUUGUUAACCUUCCUCGUGGAUACGGAUACAUUGAGUUCAAGAAGAGGGCUGAUGCUGAGAAGGCUCUUCUUUACAUGGAUGGUGGUCAAAUUGAUGGAAAUGUUGUCAAGCUGAGAUUCACACUGACACCACGCCAAAAGGCUUCUUCACCUAUUAAGCCACCUCCCCCUCCUCCAAAAAGAGAUGUUCCUCAGAAUGAUAAAGGUGCUGCUAGUGCUGAAAAGGAUGCUCAGCCGCGACCUAGGGAAUCAUCUCCACGAAGGAAGCCACCUUCACCUCCUCGAAAACGGUCUCCUCCAAAUCGAAGGGUUGAAUCACCCAGGCGUCCAUCAGAUCCAUCUCCAAGGCGUCGUGCUGAUUCUCCAAUUCGUCGCCGACCAGAUCCUUCCCCUGUUAGGCGUGGUGAUAGAAGGCCGGGAUCUCCAAUUAGAAGACGUUCUCCUUCACCACCUAGAAGGCAUAGGUCACCAAUGAGGAGGGGCCGUGGCAGUCCAUCACCGCGCAGACGUUCUCCUGGGCCUCUUAGACGCUCCCCUGGGCCUCCUAGACGUCGAUCACCACCCCCAAGGAGGUUGAGGAGCCCUCCAAGAAGGCCACCACCACCACCUCCGCGUCGUCAUAGUCGUUCCCCUCCUCCUCGCCGCCCUCUUCACUCUCGCUCAAGAUCAAUUUCUCCUCGUAGGGGCCGAGGACCUCCAUUGAGGCGUGGAAGGUCAGAUUCAUCCUAUUCCGGGUCACCUAGUCCUCCAAGAAAGGGACCAAGAAGGGUAUCGCGGAGUCGCAGCCCUAGAAGGCCUCCUAGAGGAAGGAGCAUCUCCAGCAACAGCGGGAGCAGCAGCUCUUCCCCUAGACGCAGGUAGAACCCCUGACAUGUGUGUUCCUGGCAGGUAAAACCUUUUCUCUCUUGACUAUCACUAUCGUUUGCCUCUGCCUGUAACUUGUGUGAGCUCAACUGGUUGAUUUGAGGGGACACACCAAGAGCUUCCAAUAGAUCUGCUUCAACAUUCCUGGUGGAAUUUCUGCAAUUUGUGCUCAAAGGAUGAUACUCGUGCGAUAACUUAUGUAUUGAUACCUGUACCGAAGUACACCUCAAAUUGAGAAUUUGUUUCUUCUAUGCUAUGGAUCUGGAAAUUCUGUUGUUACAUUUGAAACGAGCUGCUUGCCUCCAUUUCUCUUACUAGUUGAUCUGCUCAUGUUAGAAUUUGUUUUCUGAACGCCAUGAAUAUGAAUAUUCUGUUGUUAAAUUUGAGAUGAGAUACCUGCCUUCUGCUCA